AUGAUGUACUUGUUGGUACUUCUACCGUUUUCACUUACAAACUUCGGACACGGAUUAAAUCGUUUUACAGAGCCUCACUUCAAAGCAAUUAAUUUUGCAGAAGUUCUAAGAGGUCAAAGACUCAAUGGGAGCGUCAUAAAGGACUUCGCAGCGACUUCCGAAAGAUCUUGUCAAUUUGAAUGCGUCGAAGACAAUCGUUGUUUGUCAUACAACUUUUUUCCUGUUCAAGGGAAAUGUCAGCUAAGUAACGCGGAUCGGUUUGUUGGUCGCGUAAACUUCACAAAGGAAGAAGACGUCUUGUACAGAGGAAUACAGAGCACCUGCGAAAGACGCAAUCCGUGCAAAGAAAACGAAGUAUGUGAUGCUGACUACAAUACAGGCAGUCACUUUUGCAAGUGUUUCAAAGAAUGCCCUAGAAACUGUCGUGACCAUUACCAAAACGGUUCCACCACUGACGGUGUGUAUUGGGUUUACCCUGACAAACAAGAACCCAUUCAAGUGCUGUGCGACAUGACAAAUGACGGCGGCGGUUGGACAACUUUUCAAAGGCGUAUGGAUGGAUCCGUGGACUUCUUUCUCGACUGGGAAUCGUACAAAAAAGGAUUUGGAAAUCUGAGAGGCGAGUUCUGGCUGGGAAAUGAUAAUCUUCAUCGCUUGACCGCAUCUGCUAACAUGGUAGUUCGAUUUGAUAUGGAAGAUUACGAAGGUGACCGAAGAUAUGCCGAAUACACGACCUUUGCUGUGGCCGACGAGAGCGACGAUUAUCGGCUGACGGUCAACGGAUACCAAGGCACGGCAGGAGAUGCAGUGGUGUCUUCUAACAAACCCUUCAAGUAUGCAGCAAGUAUUAAUCCACUCUUUGACAACAAUACGCAGUGUAUAAUCAAAUGA